UAACUAAAAACACUAUAUAUUAUAGAUACCAAGAUGGCAAGAUUAAAACUUUCACCUUUUGCACUAAGCCCUUCUCUCUCUCUCUCUCUCUUAACACUCUCAUUUCCAGCCACAAAUUCUUUUAUUAUAGUACCAUUUGGUGGGACAUUUGGUCCUGUUAACAUAAUCUAAAGUGUGUUUCUUGUUUCUGGGUUCUUCUCUUUUUUUAUCUCUCUAUUAUUGGUUUUGAGCUCUCUUUAUUUGUUCUUGUGCUAGUGUUGGUUUUGUUUCUGCAAUGGCUCUUUGUGCAUUUUCAUUUCCUGCUCAUGCAAAUAAGGUCACAACAGCAAGUUCAGAUCUUCAGAAGUCUAAUUAUGUUUCUUCUAAUUUCUUAUUGAAAACAGAUCUUUUGGGCCAAUCCAUGCAAAAAUUUAAUCAGGCAAAGGGAAAGAAAAGGCCAGCUGGGGUUUGUGCAUCACUAUCAGAGACAGGAGAGUAUCAUUCACAGAGACCACCAACACCUCUCCUUGACACCAUAAACUAUCCAAUUCACAUGAAAAAUCUAUCAAUCAAGGAGCUAAAACAACUAUCGGAUGAGCUACGGUCGGAUGUUAUUUUCAAUGUUUCUAUAACUGGAGGUCACUUAGGUUCAAGUCUCGGUGUUGUUGAGCUCACUGUUGCCCUUCACUAUGUUUUCAAUGCUCCUCAAGAUAAGAUACUUUGGGAUGUUGGCCAUCAGUCUUACCCCCAUAAAAUCCUUACCGGAAGAAGAGACAAGAUGCAAACAAUGAGACAGACAAAUGGACUUUCUGGUUUCACGAAGCGAUCAGAGAGUGAAUAUGAUUGCUUUGGGACUGGCCAUAGCUCUACCACAAUUUCUGCAGGCUUGGGAAUGGCUGUGGGCAGAGAUUUAAAAGGAAGGAAGAACAAUGUUGUUGCUGUUAUAGGCGAUGGUGCAAUGACAGCAGGACAAGCUUAUGAAGCUAUGAAUAAUGCGGGAUACCUAGACUCUGAUAUGAUUGUUAUUCUUAAUGACAACAAACAAGUUUCUUUACCAACUGCCAAUCUUGAUGGACCAAUACCUCCUGUUGGAGCUUUGAGCAGUGCUCUCAGUAGAUUGCAAUCAAACAAGCCUCUCAGGGAAUUAAGAGAGGUUGCUAAGGGUGUUACAAAGCGGAUUGGUGGACCUAUGCAUGAAUUGGCAGCAAAAGUUGAUGAAUAUGCACGUGGGAUGAUAAGUGGUUCUGGAUCGACCCUCUUCGAAGAGCUUGGAUUAUAUUAUAUUGGUCCUGUGGACGGUCACAAUGUCGAUGAUCUUGUUGCUAUUCUCAAAGAGGUUAAGAGUACCAAAACAACAGGUCCAGUCUUGAUCCAUGUUGUUACUGAGAAAGGACGUGGUUAUCCAUAUGCUGAGAAAGCUGCAGAUAAGUAUCAUGGAGUGACCAAGUUUGAUCCUGCUACUGGAAAGCAAUUCAAGGGUAGUGCUAGUACACAGUCUUACACAACAUACUUCGCAGAGGCUUUGAUUGCAGAAGCAGAAGUAGACAAGGAUGUCGUUGCAAUCCAUGCUGCAAUGGGAGGUGGAACAGGACUAAAUCUCUUCCUUCGUCGGUUCCCGACUAGAUGCUUUGAUGUUGGGAUAGCAGAACAGCAUGCUGUUACAUUUGCUGCAGGUCUAGCUUGUGAGGGUCUUAAACCUUUUUGUGCAAUCUACUCAUCUUUCAUGCAGAGGGCAUAUGACCAGGUGGUACAUGAUGUGGAUUUGCAGAAACUGCCUGUAAGAUUUGCAAUGGAUAGAGCAGGGCUGGUUGGAGCAGAUGGUCCAACACACUGUGGAGCUUUUGAUGUCACUUUUAUGGCAUGCCUCCCUAACAUGGUGGUGAUGGCUCCUUCUGAUGAGGCAGAACUAUUUCACAUGGUUGCUACUGCUGCAGCAAUAGAUGAUCGUCCUAGCUGUUUCCGAUACCCAAGAGGUAAUGGUAUUGGUGUUCAGCUGCCACCAGGAAACAAAGGCAUUCCUCUUGAGGUUGGUAAAGGCAGGAUAUUAAUUGAAGGAGAAAGAGUGGCACUCUUGGGUUAUGGAUCAGCAGUUCAGAGCUGUUUAGCUGCUGCCUCUCUAAUGGAAACCUAUGACUUACGCAUAACAGUUGCCGAUGCUAGAUUCUGCAAACCUUUGGAUCAUGCCCUCAUUCGAAGUCUAGCAAAAUCACAUGAAGUAUUGAUUACAGUUGAAGAAGGUUCAAUUGGGGGCUUUGGAUCUCAUGUUGCCCAUUUUCUGGCUCUUGAUGGUCUUCUUGAUGGAAAGCUAAAGUGGCGACCAGUCAUUCUUCCAGAUAGGUACAUUGACCAUGGAUCGCCAGCUGACCAGCUGGUAGAGGCAGGUCUGACACCAUCUCACAUAGCAGCAACAAUAUUCAACAUACUUGGAAAUAAAAGAGAAGCUCUACAGAUAAUGUCAGCAUAAAAAGAAAGUGGAAACAUUUUCCAUUUCUUCUUUUUGCAAUUCUAUAACAAUGUAAAAAGGAAAUACCUGUAAGAUGUCUUCCAUCUUCCAUUUUGUGUAUAAAAAACAUGCAGUGUUAGACUUAGUACAGCAUCACGUAACAGUUCCCAACUUUUGUUAGAAAUGAAUAAAAAUUUUCAACGUGUUUUAGUUGCA